CAAACCCAGUCAGUCAGCUGACGGUGGUGGGCGGAGGCGGCGGAGAUAACAAGCGUUAAGGGAGUAAAAUAUGGUUGAGAGAAGAUAGUGAUGGACCUCCUCGCAGAAAACAAUGUGUGUGGUCAGGCGUUGCUGCGCCUUGUGGCACGAGCCAAUGCUAUUAUUGCAGAACUGAUGCGGUUAUCUGACUUUGUUCCUCCAUUGUUCAGACUGGAGACAAAGACAGAACAGCAGAAAUAUGGAGAUGUUGUCAUAGAUUUCACCUACUUUAAGGCUCCUGAUGGAUUUAAUAAGAGGAUUGAAGAUUCUCCAGUCUUAGCUGACAUUGAUGAUGAAAUUCGUGAGAGCCAUAGCAGCAUCUUAGACAGAAUUUAUGCUGUGUUUGAGAGCAUUCACCGAUAUGUGACAGACCUCAACAGUUUCUUGCAAGACCUGAGCGAGGGGACCUUCAUCCAGAGGACUUUGGAAAACAUGUUUACCAAUGAGGAUGGAAAACAACUUAUGUGUGAGGCAUUGUACCUGUAUGGAGUAAUGCUCUUGGUGGUGGACACACUCUUCCCCGGCAUAGUUCGAGAGAGAAUUAUUGUUACUCAUCACCGACAUGCUGGCCAGAAAGCAAGUGACACCAAUAUUGAUGAUGUAUGCAAACUUCUGAGGUCUACAGGCUUUUUUGCCACCCCUGGUAGCAAAAGACCUGUGAAUUAUCCGGAGGACUAUUUUAGGAGAGUUGAACUACCCAGUAACUACCUAAGUUUCGUACUGGGUCACUUGAGGUCUGAUGACAUCUAUCACCAGGUGCAGGCGUACCCAUCACCUGAACAUCGCUCAGCCGCUCUGGCCAACCAAGCUGCCAUGUUAUUUGUUUGUUUGUAUUUCACUCCUGCCACACUCCAUUCCCAAACAGCCAAGAUGAGAGAGAUUGUGGACAAGUAUUUUCCAGAUAAUUGGGUCAUAAGCUACUACAUGGGAAUGACAGUCAACCUUAUAGAUGUUUGGGAGCCAUACAAAGCUUCCAAACAAGCUCUCAACAACACACUAGAGGUUUCAAACAUCAGAGAACAAGCAUACAAAGCCGCUGCAAAGAUGAGCAAAUUAGUGAAACAGACAGACCAGCUGCUUGCAGAGGGAUCCCUGAAUGAGGGCAGAGUCCUGGACCACAGCAACAGGCUUCUCAAUCUUUUGCGAGAGUGCAAUGUGGCUCUGAGGUGGGCGGUGCUACAUGCUGCUACCUUAACAGAGGCUGGUGGAGAAGGGAACAAGCGCUGUAAGGUCGUUAGAGAUCAGGUAGUGAGUGAUAUGCAGUAUAGCCCAAUGAUUGUCUUCCAACUUAUGCUCAACACGGCCACCUUGGAACAUGACCUCAACCAGAUAUACAAGAGGCUCGUUGAAGAGAAGUUCAUCAGAUGGGACAAAUACAGGAAGGAAGCUAACGAACAGGUAAUAGAAUUAUCAGAAGUGUUUGCUGGGAGUAGACCCCUCGCCCGGGUGCCAAAGAAUGACCGCCUCCACAAAUGGUUCAAUGACAUAGGAGAACAAAUUUUGAGUUUGAAACUGGAUGACCCGGGCUCUGCAGGUCGCAAGAUUAUUCAGCUAAUACAAGCUCUCAAGGAAGUUAAAGAAUUCCAUGGACUGGAGUCAAGUGCUGGUGUGGUUCAAGCAGUGGGGGAGGUAGUGUCAGCCCUCCAAGCCUUGGUGAGAAUAGCAGGGGUGACAGAGGACAACCUCAUUACCCUCUCUCUCAUCUCUGACAUCUCCUAUGCCUGGGCACUUGUUGAUGAAUACACACCCAUCAUGCAGUCCGCAAUCAAGAAAGAUCCCUCCCACGUGGCUAGAUUGCGUGCUACAUUUCUGAAGCUGUCAUCAGGAUUGGACCUCCCUCUGCUACGGAUCAAUCAAGCCCGCAGCCCUGACCUCAUCUCUGUUUCUGCAUAUUAUUCUGGAGAGCUGGUUGCUUAUGUUAGAAAAGUCCUCCAAAUUAUCCCUGAGACAAUGUUUGGUCUCUUGGCAAAGAUCAUCAAGCUCCAGACAGAAAGAAUCAAAGAGGUGCCAACACGCCUUGACAAAGACAAGAUGAAGGAUUUUGCUCAGCUUCCAGAAAGAUAUCAGAUGGCUGAACUUAGCCAUAGUGUGGCAGUUCUGGCAGAAGGCGUGGCAAUGAUGGAUACUACUCUAGUAGGUGUGAUACAGGUUGACCCUCGUAGGUUGCUGGAAGAUGGGGUGCGGAGAGAGCUGGUUUCUCUGGUAGCUCGCAUAUUGCAUGAUGGACUUACAUUUAAUACGAAGGUCAAGAACAGAGGCAGUGAGCUGUACAGGAGGCUUACUCUUGUUGGCCAGAAGAUGACAGGAUUCCGAACAUCUUUUGAGUACAUCCAAGAUUACAUCAGCAUGUAUGGACUGAAAAUAUGGCAGGAAGAAAUGUCUCGUAUUGUUAAUUACAAUGUUGAACAGGAAUGUAACCAGCUUCUGAAGAAGAAGAUCUCCGACCACGAGAGCAUCUACCAGAGUGUAGCUAUACCUAUUCCUAAGUUCCCACCAGUGGACACACAGUCAGUAAACUUUAUUGGCCGACUUGUGAGGGAGAUUCUUCGUAUUACUGACCCUAAGACCACAGUAUACGUGACACAGCUAGGAACCUGGUACGACUGCAGGACACAUGCAGAGGUUCUCUCCAGCUCCGUUAUGGCCAAGGUGGAAUCAAGCAUCAGUACAGCUGGAUUGACGGGCGUGGAUAAGCUACUAGCUUUUCUUAUUGUUACUGAACUACAGAAUUUGUUACGUGAGAUGGAAAUAGCAAGUAAGAAGGAUGUUGCAGUAAAGGAAGUCCUGCGAGUUAUAUCUCCCCAGCUCAACCCAAACAGCCAAGUACUUGCUCAACCAACACGUCAGUACACUGGAUGGACUCAGCGCACCAGCAAGUUGACCACCUCUAUGGUUGAUCGAAUCAUGCGCAUUGGUCAGAUGCAGAUCUUAAAACUACAUGCAGCGAACCGCCUGAACUCAUCUUGUAAAUUUGAUGCAAAAUAUCUUGCAGCUGCUCUUAGAACCAUGAAUGAGUCACUCAUGACAGAUGUAAAACAGCACUAUGCAGAUCCCACUCGACCAUACCCAGACGAUGAUGGUACUCUCACGAGUGAAUUGAGCGUUUUCCUCGAGUGGUGUGGGAUGACUCAACCUCUCGACAGGAUCUACAUCACUACAUGUCCAUUGAGGCCCCUCAGCAUUAUCCUCCUCCUCACUGUCAUUGCUCAGAUCUCAAAAAUUCACUAUGCAAAAUCCUUAGGAGGCCUGACUGGUAUCAAAGGUACAGAGGGUAUCGAUGGUGAGCUCUUGAUAGUGGGUCUAGUGACAGUGCUACGGCAGUUCCAUCAAGACCACACGCUGCGAUUCAUUCAACUCUUAGCCCAGUACAUUACCUCUCAUACUGCACAUAGUGCUGCAAGUAGUGGGAAGACUGCAGAUUUACCCCAUGAGACAGUGACCGGCAUAGCGGUACUGCAAGAAGUUGCCCGCAAGAUGUCGGUUUCAAUGAAGACGUUAUCGCUGUAUGUUCCUCAGCACUUGCUUGCUGCCCACAGUGGUUAAGUCCUGUGAGGCUCCAUUAAAUAUUAAGCUUUAUUAAAAAUAAAAGAACAUUUUUAAUUUAUAGCUAUAAGUACUGUAUACAGUAAAAAAAAAUUUGCCACUGUGUGGAAGAAUAUGACACCAAGGUUGAAGGAUUUUGACAACCCUACCGAGACAACACGAGUCAUGAUGAUUGUUUUGAAAUUCAUUGGAUUCACAUGGAGAGAUACUGUACACCCGUUUUUACUGUGUACAUUUUUUCUCAAUCUCUGGAGCAUAAUAUAAAUAUAUAUAUUUAUUACACUAUAUACAGUAAACCCUAGUUUUUACCGACUUAAAUGGGGGAGAGGGGAGGGUCAGAAAAGCCGAUAAGUCAGGUAAUCGAGGUAACGUAAACAAAAUUUAAAUAUGUAUUAAAAUGAUAAAUGUAUGACAAUUUAAAAAAUUGGUACGAAGGUGCUCAGCUGUGUAAGUGUCCAGUGUGGGUGCCAUAUUUGUUAUUGUUUGGUGAUUGGUUGAUGCUCUAACAACAUUCAAUUAAAAUCCAAUUCAAAAUUUAUUUGAGCCCAAGAACAAUGAGUGGUAAAUAUGCAUUAUACACUACUACAGCUUAUGGUCACAAAAAGAAGAGGAAAAGUGUUACAUUAGAAGUUCACUUACAUGUGGUAAAGAGAUUUGAAGAAGGACAGUGAGCUGUGGACAUAGCAAGAACUGUCGAUUUGCAGCCUUACUGUAGGUAAGAACAAUUUGUGGGUCGGUUAAAUGAGGUUUUACUGUGUAUAAUAUAUAUAUAUAUAUAUAUAUAUAUAUAUAUAUAUAUAUAUAUAUAUAUAUAUAUAUAUAUAUAUAUAUAUAUAAUUUUUGUACAGGUUAUAAAAGUACUGUUGGAAAUUAUGUAAUUUUUUAACUGAAUAAAUUGUGUACGUUAAAGACAGAGGUACAGUAAAACCUCUAUCAACCGACCCUCGAUUAUUCUGAUUUUUGGAUUAAUCGCCAAUCCCAGACCCCUAAAAUAAAUAAAUAAAUGGGCAAUAAAAUAAAAAAUAGGAAAAUCAAUUGUAUUUGAUUUUUCCAUAUCCCAGUGCAUAUAUGCUUAGAUUAAAAUUUUUUUUGUUUACUCAGUGCAUAUAGUGCUAAAAUGGUUAAUGUUUUAAAGCAAAUGCUAUUGAAAUAUGAAUGGCAAAUGAACAAAUCGAAUAGAGGGACUAAGAUGAGGUGGGUUAGGGAUAGGUACUUUAAAAUGUAUGUUUUAUUUCCGUAGACUUUAUUUACCAUUAACCGAUCUUUCGGAUUAUCCGUCGGCCCCUUCCCUCCAUAUGUGGGUGGUUAAUCAAGGUUUUACUGUAGUGUGAGGUGUUUGGUUAAUCAGCUUGUGUGUAACUAUGUUCAUUGAUUAUUUUUGUAUGUUAUUUCAGUGUCACAUUUUAUCUUAUAAAUUUCAGUAAAUAUUGGGAAGCUAGUAAUUUAGGAACACAAGUAAUAAUGAGGGAACAAGUUUGUAUUUUUUUUAAGUUCAAUUUGAUGCAUUAUGUAAUGUGGCUUUUCUUAGCCAAACCCAGCUGUAUGUACCUCAGUGUUACUUGACAAAACUUGGGUAUGUUUAGUAAGGGUAAACAAUAUUACUAAGGUUCUGUAAACUUAUGUUUAGAGAAAAGGUAUAUACCCUGUAAUGUCUUCCAAAAUGCACACUAUAGAGUAUAAUUUCUUAUUCUAUGUAUUUCAAGUUCAUCCACCUUCUAAUUUUGAUAAAAAUUUACUUAAUAUUGCAGCAAAAUUUUUAAAUAACACAAAAGGUAUAAAAUAUAAGGCAUGUACACAAAGCUUAAACUAUAAACAGGAGAAAACUAACCAAAAUGAUUGUACAUUCAUAGGACAGACACAGGAAUGAAUGGUUAGGCAUUCUGAGUUUGAUACAAGGUGGGAGGGAGGGAAGGACAACAGUGUAUGUGAGUUAGAACCACACGUCUAAGUAUGUACAACAGAUAAACUCCUCUUUUGUAACGAUAUUACUCGCAAAGUGCCUUGUUAGAAACAAAUAAUUACCAACCAACAAUCCUUACUAAAUAUUAUUUAAUAAUGCCGGGCACCCUGCAUUUAUAUUAUAAAGUAUUAUGAUUUUUCACCAAGAAUUUUCUUUUCAUACUUGGAAUUUAAAAAAUUUCAUAGAAAACAUUAUUUCCACUACCUAAUGCCACUGCAAGUAAAUAGAGCAUUUUUAGUUAUCUUUGAGGUUGAAAAGCACAUUCAAGUCACUGAAAGGUGCAAGUUUGAUUCUGCAGCUUUUUUGUGAUUGCAUUGUAUCAUAUUACAUAGUAAACAAUUCUCUAAAUGCUAGACAAGCACUUACCUAAAGGUGAAUCGGACGAAUAAAAUGUAAAAAUUUGCUAUUCAUGCAUAUUUGGUCAUUCUAUAUCAGUUAAGGCUUCAUAAUGGCUGAUCUCCCUCCGAGAUGGUCAUAGCAAUAAGUUGGGAGAGAUUUUUAAAAAUGUUGGCCUUUAGCUUGUCUAGAAAACUCUUUCAAACCUAUAUAUUGAAAGCAGCAUAUCUGGUGGUAAUCAUGGGGAAUUUUAACUUAUGCAGUAGGAAGGUUAUUUUUUUUUUAAUUGAAGUUGGAGUAUUUCAAGAUGUUGGUCCCAUGAUUUUUCUAAUUUUCCUUUUCAAUAAAUAAAUGUAGCGAUUGGUCAUCUGUGUUACGCAUUUUAUGUAUUUGCAGGUAUCCCAUGUAUAAUGAUCAUUCACUUAGCAAUUUUUCAGUUUAAUGAUUUAAAAUUUUUAACACCCUUUCUCAUUUAAUGAUCAUUAAUUUUUGGUUUUGUAAUCUUUGACUCGGGAAAAAUUCAGGAGGGAAGUUGGGGAUUCUGUUCUCCAAGUGCACAUUAUUACAAUACUCUAAUAUGGCUUAGAAAUAAAGAAAAUAUACUAUAAACCUAUAAAAUAAGAAAAAUGAAGAGCAUGGGUGUGUAUGUAAUGUAUUGUAGCAGUGAGCUGUAACUGUGGCCAGCAGCGCACUCUCUCCCCCCUAUACGACAUCACCGCAUACAGGCAGCAGCCCCACACGUUUAGCUGUCAUUUCGCUUAACAAACAGUUUAUCAGGAACGCUUCCCAAUUGUUAAAUGAGGAAUACCUGUACGUAUUGUAUUUUUUUAUUCAGGGACUUGUGAAGGGGAAUUGUUUGUUUUACAAACUUUUGUGAAGAAAUUUUCAGAAAUUAAUUUGAAUAUACGGUAGGUGCUCCUCUACUUACGAACGAGUUAAAUUCCUGAGGCUUGUUUGUAAGUCCAACUUUACUCUUGUAGAUACCAAACAUAUUGUAAAAAAUGAAAAGAUUACAGGUAUGGAUAUUUAGUACAGCUUUACCCUUUAAUACAGCCUUAAAACCUGGCUCACUCUUCUCCUCUUAGGUAAUGUUUGUUUUAUCUGGAAUUUUCUUCAAAAUAAUCAAGUCUCAUCCACAUUAAACACCUGUUCUGGCAGGUAACCCCCUUCAGUGAUGAUGUUUGUAUCUCUGAAAGUUUGUAAGUUGAAUGUUCUUAAGUAGAGGAGCACCUGUACACACAUAUGUAAAUGUUUGUAAAUAUUAUACUUCCAUUUGUCACUUGUUUUACAAUGAUUUUUUUUUGAUGAAUGUCAGUGACUAAUCAUUGAUGAUUCUCAUGUAUCAAAUUCAGUAGUUUAUAUGAAUAAAUAAUUGAUUAUA